UGCAAAGUGCGCCCGACUCUUGACAGUGACCUGAAGGAGCGCGGCUGCACGACGACGGAGGGAAUCACCGAGCUGUAUUUAACAAAAGUGAACAAAAAUGGACGAUUGGGACGAAGAGGGAUCAACUAAUAAUGUCAGUGCUGUUACACUGACAAGCUACACCUGGAGUGAAGGCUCACAAGGAGACUCCUGGAACAGUGGUGGCGGUGGCGACUAUGGAAGAGGUCGUGGUGGAAGAGGCCGAGGCAGACUAGGAGGAUUUAAAAGCUCAUUCUCAGGUGGUGAUGAGAAUGGGAAUGAUGGGGACAACUGGAACAGUUCAGGAGGAGAACGAGGUGGGAGGGGAGGCAGAGGAGGCCGAGGGCGCGGCAGAGGAUUUGGCAGAACGGAUCGAAGCGAAUUCAACGGAGACGACGAUGGAGUGUGUGAAAAUGGGUUUAAAAGAGGAAGAGGCGGCAGAGGGGGUUUCAGACAAGGUGGUGAUGAAGGUGGCAGAGGAGGCUUUGGAGGAGGCUACCGUGGAAAAGAUGAGGAGGUCUUUACUCAACGGGAAGAUAAAGAAAAUAAAGAUGCAAGCGAGGGUGAAAGACCAAAGGUCACGUAUGUUCCUCCGGCCUUGGCCGAGGAUGAGGAUUCAGUUUUUUCCCACUAUGAGACCGGCAUUAAUUUCAACAAGUAUGAUGACAUCUUGGUGGAUGUGAGUGGAACCAACCCACCGCAGGCUAUCCUGAGUUUUGAAGAAGCAGCAUUGUGCGAGUCCUUGAGAAGAAACGUCAGCAAGUCUGGUUACGUGAAGCCGACCCCUGUGCAGAAGCACGGCAUCCCAAUCAUCUCUGCUGGCAGAGAUCUCAUGGCCUGUGCUCAGACCGGAUCUGGUAAAACGGCGGCUUUCCUGCUCCCUAUUCUCCAGCAGUUGAUGGCAGACGGUGUGGCAGCCAGUCGCUUCAGUGAGCUGCAGGAGCCUGAAGCCAUCAUCGUGGCCCCAACCAGGGAGCUCAUCAACCAGAUUUACCUGGAGGCCAGAAAGUUUGCCUUUGGGACAUGUGUGCGUCCAGUUGUGGUUUAUGGCGGAGUCAGCACUGGACACCAAAUGCGAGAGAUCUCAAAGGGGUGCAAUGUGGUGUGUGGAACGCCAGGGAGGCUGCUGGAUAUGAUUGGAAGAGGAAAGAUUGGGUUGAGUAAGCUGCGGUACUUUGUGCUGGAUGAGGCUGAUCGGAUGUUGGAUAUGGGUUUUGAGCCUGAUAUGCGUCGUUUGGUAGGCUCCCCUGAUAUGCCAUCCAAAGAGAACCGUCAGACCCUGAUGUUUAGUGCCACUUAUCCGGAGGAUAUCCAGAGGAUGGCGGCAGACUUCCUCAAGCCCGACUAUUUGUUCUUGGCUGUGGGAGUGGUGGGUGGAGCCUGCAGUGAUGUGGAGCAGACAUUUGUCCAAGUCACAAAGUUUUCCAAGAGGGAGAAGCUCCUUGACCUCCUCAAGACAACUGGAACGGAGCGCACCAUGGUGUUUGUGGAGACCAAGAGGCAAGCUGAUUUUAUUGCCACUUACUUGUGCCAGGAGAAGGUUCCGACUACCAGCAUCCACGGGGACCGUGAGCAGCGGGAGCGAGAGCAGGCGCUGAUGGACUUCCGCUCUGGCAAAUGUCCGGUCCUGGUGGCGACCUCUGUAGCUGCCCGCGGUUUGGAUAUUCCAGAUGUACAGCAUGUGGUGAACUUUGACCUCCCUAACAACAUUGACGAAUAUGUCCACCGUAUUGGGAGAACUGGCCGCUGUGGCAACACUGGGAGAGCGGUGUCUUUCUAUGACCCGGAGGCUGACGGCCAGUUGGCUCGGUCCUUAGUCACAGUCCUGUCCAAGGCCCAGCAGGAAGUGCCUUCAUGGUUAGAGGAGUCUGCGUUCAGCGGCCCCAGUCCCACUGGCUUCAACCCCCCCAGGAAGAACUUCGCCUCCACAGACUCGAGGAAGGGAGGAUCUUUCCAGGACAGCAGCGCGAGCCAGCCGGCUGCUCAGACUGCAGCUGACGACGAAGAAUGGGAAUAGAGGGGACGUGGGAGCAGCACACAUUACACAGCAUUGACCUGAGUUGUUUUUCUUUUCAGAUGUUCAGCAUGUUGUAGUUUUAUUACUGUUUUUGUUUGAAGGAAAAAAAAAAAAAUAGUCUCAAUCAAGACUAAUUUGUUUUGUGUGAUGUGACCACUUUAUUGGUGUGCAGUGACUGCCAUAGUGUGGAAAGUUUGUUUUAUUUUAUUUUUUAUCACUACUUGCAUUUAAGAUGCUAAAACAAUGUGUCUGACCAUAAUUCUUAUGGUGAGUGUCAUGUAACAUAAGUGUUGUAUUCCAGCUAUAAUUUGUUUCCUACAAGGAUAAAGAUCAUAAAUAAAUAUUUGUUCAAAGCAAA